AUGGCUGGGUUGCAGCCCCAGGUCUGCCCAGGGCUCACACUGCCCAAGGUGAAGGGGAAGGCGGUUCCAGCACUGGCCGGCUUCUUCUUCCUCCUGUCGGUGGCCAUGACCGGCUGCUUUCUGUGGCAGUAUCAUCUCCGGAAGGCAGAGCUUGGCUCCUCUGUCAUAGAAGUGACCUCAGAAACUGUACAGAUGUGUCCCCGGUAUCCAGAGCCUGUGCCCCUAGAGCAUCCCCUUCCCAUAUUGAAGGAGGCCCUGGAGAAGGUGGACAAGAUUCUGCGGCAAACAAUGCCCACUGCCCCUGGCCUCAGGGCCAUGUCUGCUGUGGUUAUUUACAAUGACACUGUGCUGUGGACCGGGAACUUUGGCUGGAGGAACGGCUCAGACAAGGCCUCGGGGCCCCCCAGCGAAUAUACCAUCUACCGGAUCGCCAGCAUCUCCAAGAUCUUCCCCACGCUCAUGUUGUACCGCCUGUGGGAGGAAGGCGUUGUAGUGUCUCUGGAUGACCCGUUAGAGCGCUAUGCCCAAGGCUUCACCAUCAAGAACCCACUUGGAGCAGGGCAUCGUCCCAUCUGGGGAAGCCUGAUGGAUGGGCUGGAGAAGGGGGCCCUGCCCCUCAAACCCACAACAGUCACUCUCCGAAGAAUGGCCAGUCAGCUUUCAGGGUUACCCAGAAGACUCCGCUCAACAACUCUGCUGUGGCGGGGAAGCACUGAGGACGCCCUGGCUCUCCUGAGGGAUGAUGUCCUGGUGGCUGAUCCUGGAACCAGGUUAGGGAAGCCCUUCAGGUGUCAUUACAGCACCUUGGCCUUCUCUCUGCUGGCCCACGUGUUGGUCCGGCACACCAACCACAGGGACUACCAGCAGUGGGUGUCUGACAAUAUCCUGGAUCGACUGGGGAUGGAGGACACAGGGUUUGACCUGGCGCCCUGGGUUCAGGCCCGCAUGGCUGCAGGCUUCUAUGGCAGUGGGCACCCUGCCCCACUCUAUGACCUUGGCUGGUAUCGCCCCUCUGGCCAGAUGUACUCCACGCCUGCUGACUUGGCCAAGCUGGCGAUGGUGCUCCUUGGCAGUGCCCCCCAGAGUCUCUUGGCACCGGAUACGAUUAAGACCAUGCUGACCCCGCUCCUCACCUGUCCUGGGACCUACUUUGCCAACCAGACGGGCACACCAUGGGAGUUUCACACCCAACGGGGCUAUAGCAUCGUCCGGAAGGAUGGGGACCUGGAUGGCUAUGCGGCCACCUUCUCCCUGAUCCCCCGACUGAAGCUCAGCUUCAUUGUGCUCAUGGCUGGGCCCCGGCCAUCGGGUUUGGACCUGGUGACCCAGGUGUAUGAUGUCCUUAUCCCUGCCAUGGAGAUGGCCUUCCGGGAGGUCGACAGGAGCCUGGAACCACCACCCAGCCCGGGCCCCUACUUGGGCUUCUACACCUAUGCCAACCUAACCUUCUAUGAGAUCCUCCUGGGGCCCUCGGGGGUCCUCUGCAUGCGGCAGUUCGGGCCCCAAGUGGAGAAGCUGAUCCCGGCCAAGUUCCGUACCCUAAAGCUGCAUCACGUGCAGGGCCGGGUCUUCCAGGUGGUUGUGGACAAAGAGUUUCCCUGCAUCCUGCCCCUGGGGGCAGCAUGGCUUCCCUUGGAGACCCAGCAUGGCCAGCUCCUAAACUUUUAUCCUUUUGACCAGAGAGGGCUCUCUCCAGGCUUUGACGCCCCGGGCUUGAACACGUACAAAGUCCUUCGGAUGGCCCAAAAGCCCAUCUUCAACACUUCGGUUUGA